AAACCCACCAAAUGAACGGUGAAAGGGCGGGCAUAGACUGAUAGGCUACUCUGUCCAUACAUAUUAAGAUUCCUUGUCCUUUCGGUUCUUCCAAAAACCGUCUACCAUGCACACAUCUGCAACACCAAAUGUACAAAUCGCAGUCACAUGUGGGUCUCUUAAUCAAAACACCUUCGCAAGUGGGUCGCCACUCGCCACAGAUCCCAAUACAUAUUUGAUAUUCUCAUACAACGCACUCUUCAAUUAUUGCACUGCUUCACAAAUCACGAUCUCUUCUUGCUCAUCAGGAAAAAUGUGGAACUGCCUUCCCUUCGAUCUCCUGUCCAAAAUCUUCUCUUUGCUCGCUCCAGACUCUCUGGCGCGUGCGAGGUCAGUUUGUGGGCAUUGGCACGAGUCUGGAAAGUUGAAUCCUUUAACGACGACCCGGAAUUUCCCGGCAUGGUUUGUGGGGAUGCCCGCCCGGAAUCGAGGUCAGUACUGCUACAUUCACAAUCCGGGUAUGGAUACUUGGCAUGAACUCCAUCUCAACUUCUUACCCGACCCGGUAAGGCAGUUCCGGCAGCUGCCAUUAUUGAACGUCGCCAGAACUAACCCAGCUGUGGGAGUUCUGGUCAUGGGCCGAGGCCCAUUUCCCUUUUUCCAAGUCUACGUGGCUGGUGGGAUGUCUGAUUUGCCAUCUGGCAGCGCCACAUAUGAGUCCACAUUAGAAAUGUACAACUCCAGGAAUGACACGUGGCAAAUAGUUGGAUCCAUGCCCAUGGAGUUCGCGGUAAGGCUAACGGUUUGGACUCCCAAUGAGUGUGUGUACUCAAACGGGGUACUCUAUUGGAUGACCUCAGCCCGGGCCUAUAGCGUAAUGGGCUUCGAGAUUGGGCCGAAUAUAUGGAUCGAGCUUCGUGUGCCAAUGGCAGACCGGCUCGAGUUUGCGGCCCUAGUAGAGCGCAAUGGGAGGUUGACACUUGUCGGCGGCACGUGUGGGAGUGACGCUUGUGUUUGGGAGUUAAGUGAGGGAUAUAGUUGGGUUUUAAUUGAUAAGGUGCCAAUUGAGUUGAGUGUGAAGCUUGUGGGGGAUAAGAGAAAUUGGUGUGGUGCUAAAUGUGUUGGAAGCAAAGGUGCAAUUUGUUUGUAUAGGGACCUUGGAUCAGGAAUGAUUGUUUGGAGAGAAGUUGGAGAGAAUGGUAUGUGGGAGUGGAAUUGGGUAGAUGGGUGUUGUUUUGUUAGAGGGAAACAAGUGCAUAAUAUGCAAAUAAAAGGUGUGCUUUUGUACCCUGAUCUUGCUACCUCAUGUAAUGAAAUGUGCAAAUGAAGUCUUUUCAUUGUCUA